AUCACAAACAAUUCAUCUUUCUUUUGUCGAUUCGUCACUCCUUCAAAGUCAAUGGCACCAUUUUACGCGUAAUAUUCGAUACCUACCGGUACCACUAACCAGACUCCCGCAACAUUCCCUUCGUCUUCUUCUUCUUUGAUGAGCUCAUCGGCACAACCUCCUCCUGCUUCUGCUCCAGCUCGCUCCGUCGGCUAACAUGGCUGACCCAUCUCUCGAUCUGACCAAGCUCCCAGGUAUUACUAUCUUCAGCUUCUGCUUCUUGCUGCUGUGGGGGCUUUCUGCUGCGGCGACGGUGUCGGAGGACGAUGUGAAGUGCCUCCAGGACAUCAAGGCCUCCCUGGGUGACCCACAGGGGAAGCUCGCCUCCUGGGACUUCACCAACACCUCCGUCGGCUCCAUCUGCAAGUUCGUCGGCGUCUCCUGCUGGAACGACCGCGAGAACCGGAUCCUGAACUUGGAGCUCCGGGGGAUGGAGCUCACCGGUCGGAUCCCCGACUCCUUGAAGUACUGCGGGAGCGUCCAGGGCUUGGAUCUCUCCACCAACGCCCUGUCAGGUCCGAUCCCCAGCCAGAUUUGCUCUUGGCUGCCCUACUUGGUCAAUCUCGAUCUCUCCUCGAACAAGCUUUCGGGUUCGAUCCCGCCGGAGUUGAAUAACUGCAGCUUCCUCAACGGUCUUUCGCUGUCGAACAAUGAGCUCUCGGGUACAAUCCCUUACGAGUUCACCACGCUGAGCCGGUUGAAGAAGUUCUCCGUCGCUGACAAUCACCUCUCCGGCACGAUCCCGCCGUUCUUCAGUAGCUUCAAUAAGGCCGAUUUCGAAGGGAACAGCGGGCUCUGCGGGAAACCACUGGGGAAGUGCGGCGGGCUGAGCAAGAAGAACCUCGUCAUCAUAAUCGCCGCAGGGAUUUUCGGGGCGGCAGGUUCGAUGCUGCUGGGCUUGGGGCUGUGGUGGUGGUUCCACCUGAGGGCCGUGAGGAAGAAGAGAGGGAGGGCUGGUCGGGCUGAUGACAGCAUCUGGGCCGAGAAGCUCCAGGCGCACAAGCUCGCCCAGGUCUCGCUGUUCCAGAAGCCGCUCGUGAAGGUCAAAUUGGCCGACUUAAUGGCAGCGACGAACAACUUCAGUGAGGAGAAUGUGAUCAUCUCGACUCGGACCGGGAUCACCUACAAGGCUGUCCUCCCCGACGGGUCCGCCCUUGUGAUCAAGAGGCUCAGCACCUGCAGGCUCAGAGAGAAGCAAUUCCGGGUCGAAAUGAAUCGAUUGGGACAGCUUCGACACCCAAACUUGACCCCUUUGCUCGGGUUCUGUGUGGUCGAGGAUGAGAAGCUCUUGGUCUAUAAGCAUAUGUCAAAUGGGACCUUGUACUCCUUGCUGCACUCCGGCGGGGCAAUGUUGGACUGGCCCACGAGGUUCCGGAUCGGGCUCGGGGCAGCACGGGGCCUUGUGUGGCUCCACCAUGGAUCUGAUCCCCCAUUCCUGCACCAGAACGUGUGCUCGAAUGUGAUCCUCAUUGAUGAGGAUUUUGACGCCCGGAUAGUGGAUUUCGGGCUGGCGAGGCUCAUGACCACCGCUGAGUCCAACGAGAGUAGCUUUGUUAAUGGGGACCUGGGCGAGUUCGGGUACAUAGCCCCUGAGUAUCCGAGCACCAUGGUGGCCUCCCUCAAGGGAGAUGUCUAUGCACUCGGCGUGGUCCUUCUUGAGCUGGUCACAGGGCAGAAGCCAACUGAGGUCACUGGUCUUGAAGAAGGAUUUAAGGGUAACUUGGUGGAGUGGAUCAGCUUCCUGUCAAGCUCCGACCGAUUGAAGGACGGGGUCGAUAAGUCCCUGUGGGGCCAGGGCCACGACUCAGAGAUCAUGCAGUUUCUCAAGAUUGCGUGCAAUUGUGUAAUUUCUCGGCCUAAGGAGAGGUGGUCGAUGUACCAGGUUUACCAGUCGAUAAAGGGUAUGGCGAGGGACAUUACAGACCAUGAUGAUGAGUUCCCUCUACUUUUCCAUAAGCAGGACAAUGAAUGAAUGGAACAAAUGGAUGAAAAGCUCUUUGGGCGAAACUGAAAACCCGGUUUGCGAACUUCAUUUUUUUUUGUGCUGAGCGGUAAGUCCAAGUGCGGCUCUCAUUGUAAAUUGUUCGAUCUGGAUAUGUUGUUAGGCCUUGCUUCUGUAUGAUAAGAAGAAAAAUAUAUCGAAAAAACUGUUUAUGUUUAUCAGUCUGCUAAACUAAACAUUCAGGCGGACGUUCCAUUCUUACCCAUUGGUCCAAGUGACUUAUGAUUCGAUAUGUAUGGUGUAGCUGUAGAGACUUGAGACUGCUGAUAAUCGUGAAUAUAUACAAAUUAUCGUUCUGGCAAUUGAA